AUGUCGCCAAAUGGCCUGACCAAUGGCAUCCGAAGUGCCCGACAACCAGACCUUCACCUUGUCACAGAUGAAGAUGCCGUAUACGAACAGGAUAUUCUACGGGAUCCAGGCAGCACAAAGCCAUGGCUAGCUUACAUCCAGUUCAAGCUCCAGCAUGGCACACAACAAGAGCAGGCCUUUGUUCUCGAGCGGGCUUGUCAACAACUACCGAGGUCGUACAAGCUUUGGAAGAUGUAUUUGCAAUUCCGCACGAAACAUGUCUUAAAGCUGAAUGCUGCCGUCUUCGCUUCCGAGUACAAGAAAGUCAACGCCCUAUUCGAACGAGCACUAAUCCUGCUCAACAAAAUGCCUAGGAUAUGGGAAUUGUACUUGAAGUUCUUACUGAAGCAGCCACUCGUUACCCUUACCCGGCGCACCUUCGAUCGAGCACUACGGGCGCUUCCUAUAACCCAACACAAUAGAAUAUGGGCACUCUACAGACCGUUCGCCAACUCCGCCUCUGGCGUAACGGCAGUCAAGAUUUGGCGGAGAUAUAUGCAGGUUCAUCCCGAAGAUGCCGAAGAUUUCAUCGAGCUUCUAAUCCAGGUCGGUCUUUACACUGAGGCUGUGAAGAAAUACAUCGACAUCUUGAACAACCCGCGAUUCAACAGCAAGCAGAGCAAAGGACAUUACGAGCUAUGGAGCGAGAUGGUUGAUCUACUCGUAGAGCAUGCCAACGAAGUCGAAACUGGGCAUGAAACUGGCAUUGACGUCGAGCGAAUUAUUAGGAGUGGUAUCGACAGAUUUGCCGAUCAAAGAGGAAAGCUCUGGUGCGGUCUAGCGACGUAUUGGGCAAAGAGGGGGAGCUUCGAACGCGCUAGGGACAUAUUUGAGGAGGGGAUAACAACAGUCAUGACUGUUCGAGACUUUACUCUCAUCUUCGACAGCUAUGCCGAAUUUGAGGAAUCUAUCAUUGGUGCGCUAAUGGAAUUAGCAUCCGAACGAGCCGAAGGAGGAAAACUUGAUGAAGAUGCCGACUUUGAUCUGGAUAUACGCAUGAUGCGAUUCGAGCAGCUUAUGGACCGUCGACCAUUCCUCCUAAACGAUGUGUUGCUACGGCAAAACCCUAACAGCGUCUUGGAGUGGGAAAAGCGUGUGGCACUUUGGGGGGAGAAUAAGGUUGAGGUUGUGCAGACAUACACGGACGCCAUUGCUGCGAUCAGUCCCAAGAAAGCAGUUGGUCCCUUUCAUCAACUAUGGGCGAACUACGCCAAGUUCUACGAGAAGGGGGGCGAUCUACGAAGCGCGCGAGUCAUUAUGGAGAAGGCUGUCAAAGUCCCUUUCAAAUCAGUUGCGGAGCUGGCCGAUAUGUGGAUCGAAUGGGCUGAGAUGGAACUUCGCAACGAGAAUUUGGAUGAGGCAGUCAAGAUCAUGACUAAGGCCGUGCAAGCUCCGAAGAGAUCAACUGUGGACUAUUUCGAUGAGACCCUAUCACCACAACAGAGGGUUCAUAAGAGUUGGAAGCUAUGGAGUUUCUAUGUCGACCUUGUAGAAGGCGUCGGCACCCUCGAAGAGACAAAGAAGGUCUACGAACGAAUAUUCGAACUUCGUAUUGCUACACCACAGACCGUUGUCAACUACGCCAACUUGCUGGAAGAAAACAAGUACUACGAAGAAUCCUUCAAGAUCUACGAGAGAGGGCUGGACCUCUUUAGUUACCCAGUCGCUUUUGAAUUAUGGAACCUCUACUUGACCAAGGCAGUAGAUAGGAAGAUCGGUAUCGAACGGCUCCGUGACCUCUUUGAACAAGCAGUUGAAGACUGUCCUCCCAAAUUUGCUAAGGUACUCUAUCUUAUGUAUGGCAACCUAGAAGAAGAAAGAGGUCUGGCAAGGCAUGCUAUGCGCAUUUAUGAAAGAGCAACUCGAGCCGUGUCAGACGAAGACCGUGCAGAUAUGUUCAACUUCUAUAUCACCAAGUCGGCAUCGAACUUCGGAGUCCAGUCUACGAGACCAAUCUACGAAAGGGCUAUCGCUGCCCUUCCCGACGAAGAGGCUCGAGAUAUGUGUCUCAAGUUCGCCGACAUGGAGAAACGUCUAGGCGAAAUCGAUCGUGCCCGUGCCAUUUAUGGCCAUGCAUCGCAAUUCUGCGACCCGCGUACCAACCCUGCAUUCUGGACUAAGUGGGAGCAAUUUGAGGUGCAGCACGGUAACGAAGAUACAUACAAGGAGAUGUUACGUAUCAAGCGUAGCGUACAGGCACAGUACAAUACGGAUGUCAACUUCAUAGCAUCUCAAGCCAUCGCACGCGCCAACCAACGAGGGGCGGGUGAAGGUACCAAUGGAACAGGAGACCCCGAGGUCGCCGACGCCAUGGAACAACUCGAACGGCAGGCCCGAGCGCCAGUAGGGUUUGUGGCAGCGAGUACAGGACUCGCGGGGACGAUGCAAAAGGAGCAGCAGCCCGCGGCGCCGGCGAAUCCAGACGCCAUCGAUAUCGAUGACAUGGAUGACGAAUGA